UAUCAGGUAGAUAAGAACCGUGCACAGUGUACCUACAAUCGGUACACAUUGUAGUGCAAAUAACCGCCAUGAGAUCAACGUUUGUGUGCUACUUUUGCAUCCUGUUCAAAAUUACGAUGUCGGCGCUGACUCCCCAAGAGAGAUUGUGCCAGAAUUUUGGGAGCUGUGACCUUUGCAUACAGGCGGAAACGUACUGUGGUUGGUGCUUUCAAGAGAACUUCAAAAGUGACCGAUGCGGGCCAUUAGAAAGCUUGGUAAGAGACGGCUGCGAUAAAAGCAACAUAUUGCAAAGUUCCGAGGACUCAAAGAUCUUGGAUAUGGAAAAUAAAGAUUUCAGAGGUGUUACAAACCCGGACAAUAUCGAGGACUCAAUACAACUUAAACCCCAGAAGGUUUCUGUACAGAUUAAAGCGAAGCAACCGAUCAACUUUCAGUUCGUUUAUCGACCGGCAGAAGAUUACCCGUUGGAUCUGUACUACCUUAUGGACUUAACCGAGACGAUGUAUAAGGACAUAGCAACCAUGGCAACCUUGGGUGCCGAUCUUACUAAACUUCUCCAGCAGUUAUCGAAGAAUUUUCGCGUCGCCUUUGGUUACUACUCUGACAAGGUGGCGUUUCCUUUCUCGCGAAUGGCACCCCACUUCCUGGAGAACCCCUGUGAGCCCUACGGACAAACCUGCGAGAAGCCCUUCAAUUUCGUGCACAAGUUGAACUUCACCAAUGACGUGGAGAAAUUCGUCAAUACGGUGAACGCAAGCAAAACCACGUCAAAUUUAGACAACUUGGAAGGCGGAAUGGACGCGCUCUUGCAAAUUAUCUACUGCGAGGACUACAUAAAGUGGAGAAAGAACUCGCGAAAAUUAAUCGUGAUCGCCACUGACGGCCUAAUGCACUUCGCGGGCGAUGGCAUUUUGGUUGGGGCCGUUAAGCGAAAUACCGGAAAAUGUUUCUUGGACCAAGACGGUAUCUACAGCCGCUCGCUGGAUUACGACUACCCAUCCUUGGGAGAGGUCUUUCGCCAGUUGGCGUUUCACAAGAUGAACGUGCUUUUCGCGGCCAAAGAGGAUGCCCUAAAAUACUACGAGAAAGUGAUCAAGACACUUCCGUACGUGUCUUCUGUGGGGAAGCUUGCGGAAAAGUCGACUAAUGUACUUAAUUUGGUCACGGAGGGUUACUUCAAUGUCGUUCGGAACGUUUUCUUUGUGGCGCUUGCAAGCGAAAACAUCAAAGUUACAUUUAAGACCAAUUGCAACACGUUGACAGGUUGGAACGUGUCCAGCGCGUGUGAUAAUGUUGAAGUUGGCAAAGAGUACGUUUUCGACGUAACUUUAGAGGUGGACGCAGUUCCUGACAGGUUAAAGAGGGAAACUAUUAUAAUAGAAGAGAAGAAUAUCGCGGAGAAAAUCAUAAUCGACGUGGAAUAUAUUGGAAAGUGCGAAUGUGAUGAGGAAACCGAGAAGAACUGUUCGGGAAAUGGUGUACACAGGUGCGGAAUAUGCGAAUGUGAAGAGGGAUGGAAGGGAGACAAUUGUGAAAUCAGUUGCAAAAACCAACGGUUUGAAGAGUGUCGGGAGAAAAAUGACACGUACACUUCAGGUACAUGCUAUGGGCGAGGCGAUUGCGAAUGUGGAAUGUGUAUUUGCGAUGAAGGAUACACGGGAGAGUUUUGCCAAGAUAAGCAGUGCAUGAUGGACAAACAAGGAGACAUAUGUGGAGGUUUGGUGCGAGGUAUUUGCGAGGAAGGAAAGUGUAUCUGCAAGGCUGGAUUUACCGGUGAAGACUGCUCGUGCCCGACAUCAAACAAAAGGUGCAAAGCGCCCGGUAGCGACAGAGUAUGUAGCGACGAGGGGACAUGCAAAUGUGGAGUGUGCGUUUGCAAUCAAGACUACAGUGGGGAGUUCUGCGAAAUUUGCCCUACUUGCAAGGGAUUAUGUUCCAAUUACGAGGACUGUGUUUUGGAAACAGUUGUAGAGCACAGUUCGACUAAGUGCACAAAUGAUGGCAAGCCCUUUGUCAUCAGAACGUUAAAUCAGUCGAUUGCUGUCGACGGCUCAACUUGUCAUCUUCGGCACGAGAAGGAAGGUGGAUUCAUUUGCGAUGCACAAUUCCGUUACAUUAUUGGCAAGGACCGAACGGUCGAGCUGGAAAUUUACGACGAAUGUGCUAAACCAGUACAGGCCGGUGUUGUGAUAGGGAUUAUUAUAGGAGCCGUGCUCGGCGCCGGAAUCAUGGCCAUAUUGGGGUGGAAAGUGAAGUUAAUGAACGACGAUAGGCGCGAAUAUGCGGAAUUUAAAAGGGAAAUCCAAAGGAAUAAGAUGCUUGAAGAGAAUCCAUUGUAUAAUUCGCCCAUUCGCACAUACGAAAUGCCGAUCGAAUUGCAAAAAUUACGCAGAAACUAGUACUACUAAACUAAUGCUUUAGGGCUGUGUUUAUAAGGAUGUAACACUAAGCUAAAUUGUUAUUCUGAAGCUGGUGUAAAAGACGAUUGUAAUGUGUGUUCGCAAAACGGGUCUCGUUUAUUAUAGAAAAACCAACGUGUUUGAUCUAAUCCGAUUUGAUUCGUAGUUUGAUUCAUUCUUCAUUCAUUCAUUCAUUGUAAUUGUAACUAUUGUAAUUAACAUAAGAUGUAGGGUAAUUGUUUUGUAUUAGUUGCUUGUCAAUUUUUUUGGGUGUUUGCUUUAUAAAUUUGAAUUUGCAAGGCCUGUAAAACAAGGUGCAAGGUUUGUAAAACUAAAAUAGACAGUUGAGGGAAGAGCCGUACUUAAGGGUAGGUAACUUUGUUCAUUUGUUUGAGAUGUCACAUACGUAAUGCUAAAAUACAAUUGCGAGAAAACUC